AUGGCGCAGAGGCAGCACCUGGGAGAACGGGCCUGGGCGAGGGAAAGGCAAUUAAGCCCAAAUCACUCACAAGGCCCCGGAGGGUCCGAGCAGCAGGAGGAGGGGCCCAACAAAAGGGAGCGGGAGAAAGGACCAAAAAGGGCCCCUCCCCAAAGUCACCCCAAACCCCGCCUGUGGACCCCUCCCUCCAGCUGGCUCGGGUCAGGAGUCAAGGCUCGGACCCGGAUCUGCAGCCAGGCGCGUCAGAGCCGCCGGAACCAGCGCCGAGGGGUCCGGGAGGGAAGAGAAAUCCCACCACGAGGGAAGGGGCGCAGGGAGCUGCCUGCAGACAAAGAGCCGCGACGCGGGACAGCGGGUCGGGGGCCUGCUCAGCGCCUUCCCGGCACUCGGGUCCGGCCGCCGCGCUCGCCCCUCCCGGAGGCAGGCCCGCGGGCUGGGGGGCGCGGGGUGGGCGACGUCCGCCGGGCCCCCACCCUGUACCGGGGCGCGAGCCCGCCCCCGCGGCCAGUGAAAGUCGCCCCAGGGAAAGCGCGCGGCCCCUGGAGGAGGACGCCAGGGCGGCCCGCACUGGCCGCAGGCACGCGGCGCCCGGGCGGGCGGCAUCCUUACCCCGAGGCAGGAAGCUGGGCCGCGGUCACCUUCGCGCCGCCUCUGCGCGCCCGAUGUGUUUACCAGCUCGCCCGCGCCGGGAGACCAGCGCCGACCGCCCCGGGCAGCCCCGCCCCCGCGCUGCUCCCAUUGGCUGCGCCGCCGUCGCCGGCCGAACGCCGCGCAGAGCGGAGGAGCGUGCUCGAUCCGUGCACUCGGCCCGCGGCCAAUCAGAAUCGAGGGCGGAACGAGAGCAGCCAAUGGGAGACCUCCCAGCGCGCGGGGCCCUCUCUUUCUUCUCCCCGCUGCCCUUUCCCCCAGUUCGGGAAGCCCGGCUCCGGGCCCGAAUGUGGGGCUGGUGGGCGGCGCGUGCGCCCGGAGAGCCGGCCCUUCCAGGCGGCGAGGCCCGGGACGAGGCCGCGGUGGGCCGCCUCCUGCCGCCGCCUGCUCGCCCGCCGCCGAGCGGGCCUGGAAGGGAGGCGGCGGGAGGAGGAGCCGGGGCUGCAGAGAACGCGACUCGGACCGGCGAGGCCUGCACCCUGCACGCCGGAGGCGUCCCCGCGCCCCUCCCCGCUCUCGGGGCGUCCCGGCCCCGCCUCCUCGUCCUUUCCCCGCGGGCUAACCUGCUGGCUUUCGGCGGGCGCGAUCCCCAAAACGGGUAGCCUGCGGGCCGGGGCUGCCGCCCGCGCCCCAGGACGGGCUCCGAGCAGGUGGCCCGCCAAGCAGGCGGCUCCCCGCUGGGCUCGCCUCUCCCGGAGGGACCCGCCGGCACGUGCAGGAGCGGAACCGCGCGGCCCAUUCAGUCCCGGGCGGGCCCGCCAGCGCCGCCUCCGCAGGGAGACGGGCCCCAACCCACCCCUCUAACCGGAGACCUAAGGUCGGAGCCCAGGUCGGCCUGCAGCUUCCUCCCAGGCGGUGCCCAGAGCCUGGUCUGCAGCUCCGUGCAAGGUGGUGGAUGGAGCUGGUGGAAAAAAGAGAAAGCAUCUAGGAAGGGGAAGUGGCUGCGGUGCCCAAGACCGACUUCCAGGAGGCCAGCGGCGCUGUUGGAAUCAGCGCUGUUGGGCUGGUCCCUCAGUGCCUGGCCCAUUCUCCCGAGAUUGGACCUGCAGGGAGUGGCUGCCUUCGGGCUGGUGGGCCACCUGGACGGGUCUCAGCUGAACGGCGCACCUGCUGUGGGAGCACACUGACCACCAGGGGGCAGCUCCUGCGUUGAGCGUCUGCCCCCUGGUGGUCAGUGCACGUCAUAGCGACUGGUGGUUCUGGUCAUUCAGUCGCUUAGACUUUUAUAUAGAUUUAAGUUGGUUUUCUUGGAAUAUUAAUGUUUAUUGCAUGUAACAUUUAAAACCCUUUUUCUUGAAACAUUAAUGUUUAUUGCAUGUAAACGGCUAAUUAUGUUGUAUCUACAAUCUGGUAAUAGAUUUAUUUUGUAUAUUGUAAAAAAAGUCAAAUAAAAUAAACGAGAGAAAAAAAAGAAUACUUUAU